AUCCACCCAUCUGCAUUAGGAGCCUUGCUGAGGACAGUGCAGUGCUAGACAUUGGGAACCACGUUACAUGGACCAUUCUCAUGGGGGUGUAGGAUGGGAGGAUGGACUGUGUCUGCAUCUGUUCUUCUGUGCUUGCGACCUGAUACCCGUGAUUACAGUGCUGAGCUGCAGCGCUAAGUGUGGGGACCCAAACUACUGGAUACAAGUGCAUCGCUUGGAACAUGGAGAUGGAGGAAUACUAGACCUUGAUGACAUUCUCUGUGAUGUAGCAGACGAUAAAGACAGACUGGUAGCAGUGUUUGAUGAGCAGGAUCCACAUCAUGGAGGUGAUGGCACCAGUGCCAGUUCAACGGGUACCCAGAGCCCAGAGAUAUUUGGUAGUGAGCUUGGCACCAACAGUGUCUCAGCCUUUCAUCCUUACCAAGCAACAAGUGAAAUUGAGGUCACACCUUCAGUCCUUCGAGCAAGUAAGUGA